AUGGGGGAAAACCAUGAUUGGGUUCCAACCAAUACCGAUAUUACAACAGUUUCAUAUGCAGAAAUGGUUAAGGGUAAACAAACCCUAAUUUUUUCUGAACGUAUUUUAGGGAGAAAACAACAUGUUAAUACCAAGGUGGAUUUGUGUUCGCUGCCAAAUCCAAGCACCAAUGAAGGAAAACCCGCUGUUGAAAUACCUCAAGAGUAUUUCAUGGAAGGAUGUGAUAUUUGGAGUUUCAGUCUUAUUGGUCGAAUCGAUUUCAAAGGUACUAAUUUUAACACUGUCAAAAAUUCUCUUGAACAACAAUGGGAUUUAGGGCAGGGAGGAGUUCAGUUUGUGCCACUAAAUCUUGACAAGCAGUCAACUUCUCGUGCAACAGUUUGGGUUAGGUUUCCAGGCUUGCCGAUGGAACUAUGGGUUGAGAAGACCUUGCUAGCUAUAGGUAAAUCGCUGGGAAAUCCAGUGAUGGUGGAUGAAAGAACUCUAAAUCAUGAAUAUGGACAUUUCGCAUCUGUUCUUAUAGAGAUUGAUUUUGCAAAACAUAACACUGAUGCAGUUCAUGUUAAGGUUGGAGAUAGGGAUUUCUGGAAAGCCAUUGAAAUUCCAAAACAACCAAAGUUUUGUUCAACUUGUGGUAUAAUCGGUCAUUUGGAUGGGAACUGUAGGAAAAAGAAACGGCUUAAAAAACAGCCAAGGCUUCCUCCAAAACCACAAUGGAAGGCUGGUAAGGAGGAUGUUGUAAAUUUGGCUAGUAAUCAUAAGAAUGAUUGGAAGGAGGUGCGACACAAAAAGAAUGGUGUUAAUGGGAGUAUAGGUUCUCAGUCUCAAACUGAAAUCAUUAUUCCCCCUACGCCUCUGGAUGAUUUUACUCCAGUUCUAUCCACGGAAAACCUUGUAAAGAAGGUACUUACGCAUCAGGUUGUAAGUACUGAGGAGAGUGAUCCUUUGGAGUUGGCACAAAAAUUGGAAGAUGAUUAG